CAACCGCGAGAAGACGACGAGUUGUUCUCUUUCUUAAGCUUUGCGGGCUUUAUCAUCCACCGCUCUCCACUGCUUCGCCUCCUCCUCCUCUUCCUCCCAUGAAACCCUAGAAAAAUUCAUCAAAGAUCUUCAAUUCUUCGAUUGAGGAAUGGGCUUUGUUCUGAAUUGGUGCCUAUUUUCUCGAUCGCGGGGGUUUUUGAUGGUCUAGGGUAGCUAGGGAAGGGAUUUUGCGGUUUUUUUUUUUCGAGAAAUUGUUUUUCGUUGCAGGAAUUGGGGUUGAGGAGGGGUUGGACUUGUGGUUUGUGGAUGUGCGGUGAUGGAGCCUCGCGUGGCGAACAAGUUUAGGCUUGGAAGGAAGAUUGGGAGCGGUUCUUUUGGGGGAGAUCUAUUUAGGUUUUCUGCUGGUACUAAUAUUCAGACGAAUGAAGAGGUUGCCAUAAAAUUAGAAAAUCUCAAAACAAAGCAUCCACAGUUGCUCUAUGAAUCAAAGCUGUACAGAAUUCUCCAAGGAGGAACUGGAAUUCCAAACAUAAGAUGGUUUGGUCCUGAAGGAGAUUAUAAUGUCCUUGUGAUGGACUUGCUUGGUCCAAGUCUUGAAGAUCUUUUCAACUUUUGUAGCAGAAAACUAUCACUGAAGAGUGUUUUGAUGCUUGCUGAUCAAAUGAUUAACCGUUUGGAGUUUGUGCAUUCUAAAUCAUUUCUUCACCGAGAUAUUAAGCCAGACAAUUUUCUUAUGGGUUUAGGAAGACGAGCCAAUCAGGUAUACAUUAUUGAUUUUGGCCUUGCAAAAAAGUACCGGGAUACUUCAACGCACCAACACAUCCCAUAUAGAGAGAACAAGAACUUAACAGGGACAGCAAGAUAUGCAAGCAUGAACACCCAUCUUGGCAUUGAACAAAGCAGGAGAGAUGAUUUAGAAUCACUUGGAUUUGUACUUAUGUACUUUUUAAGAGGAAGUCUCCCUUGGCAGGGUCUUAAAGCAGGAACUAAGAAACAGAAAUAUGAGAAGAUAAGUGAGAAGAAAGUGUCAACUUCAGUUGAGGCUUUAUGCCGAGGUUAUCCAUCAGAAUUUGCAUCAUACUUCCAUUAUUGCCGUUCACUGCGCUUUGAUGAUAAGCCAGAUUAUGCUUAUCUCAAAAGGAUAUUCCGUGACCUUUUUAUCCGUGAAGGAUUUCAAUUUGAUUAUGUAUUUGAUUGGACAAUCUUGAAGUAUCAGCAGGCACAGAUUGUCAGUGCUCCUCCACGAGCUAUGACUCCUAGUGCUGGACCCAGCUCUGGGCUGCCCCCUGCUGUUGCUGAUGCCGAUAGAAAGACAGGCGCUGAAGAAGGAAGAGUAGGUGGAGUUUGGUCAACAAGGGAUCCCUUCUCGAGACGGGUUUCAGCCCCAGCUACAAACACUGUCGGCUUAUCAAAGGAGAAGAAUCCUGUGGGAAAUGAUUCAGCUGUCUCUAGAGAAGCUAUUGAAGAGGUUGUGUAUCUGUGUCCAUCUCUGUAGCUGUUUUCUUACAAUUGUCUGGUAAUUAGUUUUUAUCGAAAGAUAUUUCAACUAUUGACUUUUUGUGGCUUAGUAUACUUAUAAUAUCUUUUUAACUGGCAAAUAUAUUUGUGAUCAUUAAAUGUGUUACAGCAUCUGAUAAUUAUGAGCCACUAUGCACAUAUUUAAGCAUGUUUCUCUUUUCGCACUUCCUCACUCUCACAGCACUUUACAUGUAGUUAACCAGCACU